AUGGACUAUAGAGAAAGGUGUAUCCAGCAUAUUUUCACUCUUGCUAUCACGUCUAUAAUUCAAAGCACAGAGUAUGCACGGUACCGAGAUUUUACUUUGCAAAUGGCCAUUAACACCAUGCAUACAAUAGCUGCAACCGAGAAGAAGGUACUUACUGAGCGCCGUGGAAAUAAUCCAAUCGUUGCGAAGCCAAAAUCUAAUCAGAUCUAUCUCAAAUUCCAAUUAGGACCCGGAAGUGAUCGCAGAAGAAAGGAUAUCAUGCAUAACCAUUUAUCGAACAUGCAAUUUUACAUGAAGUACGCAGAAUCGAUUCAGUCCUCGUACCUUGCGGCCUUGAACGAACCGUUUGCCACCCUCGGCGCAAAGUUACAUGAACAAAUUGAAAUGAUCGCACGAGAUCUGCGCGCUGUGGUAGUCCCUGCUGGCGAGGUUUCCGAGGUAGAAAGAGCGCCAGAACUAGCACACGAGUUUGAGACAAGACUUCGAGCUUUGAAACAGAAUUUGCACCAUGCAUCGUUAGCUGCUGGGGCCGCAGGACGCUAG